GGCGACAAGAUGCCAUAUCAAGCGGUGAAGGGGAGGAAUUAACAUCGAGCAAGGUUCUUCUCUCUUUCCUCAGAUCUGACUUUGAAGUGUUCCACCCAUUAAGACAUGAAAUAAAGUCACUCAUGUGUGCUUCAGAGGGUCAGAGCAGUCUCACUUCAGUACGCUCCCGUUAAGGACCCUCUGGCGGCCACACCGCCGACUCACAGGACAUGUACGGCAGUGCCAGAGCUGUAGGCCAUAUAGAGAGCAGCCCCGCACGGUCCCCGCGCCUGCCAAGGUCCCCCAGACUGGGCCAUCGGAGGGCCAACAGCGGGGGCGGGGGUGGUGCGGGGGGAAAGACGCUCUCCAUGGAGAACAUCCAGUCACUCAACGCUGCCUAUGCUACUUCGGGGCCCAUGUACCUGAGCGACCACGAGGGCGUGGGCUCCACUGCCACCUACCCAAAAGGCACUAUGACCCUGGGACGCGCCACGAGCCGGGCCAUGUACGGGGGCCGCGUCACCGCCAUGGGCAGCAGUCCCAACAUCGCCUCAGUGGGGCUGCCACACGGUGACCUGCUGUCUUACAGUGACCUGGGCUCCCUCUCCAUGCUGCAGCACCACCACCACCACCACCAGGGGAUGCCCUCCGCACUGCUGAGGCAGGCGGUGCGGGGCAGUGGUGGGGAGCUGCUGGAGAUGCAGGUCCAGCUCAGGGAUAUGCAGAGAGAGAAUGAGCUGCUGCGCCGGGAGCUUGACCUUAAGGACAGCAAACUGGGAUCGUCCACCAACAGCAUCAAAAGCUUCUGGAGUCCUGAGCUGAAGAAGGAGCGGAUAAUGAGGAAAGAAGAGGCGGCUCGCACAUCAAUCCUGAAAGAGCAGAUGAGAGUCACUCAUGAAGAGAACCAGCAUCUCCAGAUGACAAUCCAGGCUCUGCAGGACGAGCUGCGCACACAGAGAGACCUGAACCACCUGCUGCAGCAGGAGGGCGGAAACCGCUCCGCUUCAGACCAUUUCACUACCAUCGAGCUGACGGAGGAGAACUUCCGGCGGCUGCAGGCCGAACACGACAGGCAGGCCAAGGAGCUCUUCUUGCUGCGGAAGACUCUUGAGGAGAUGGAGCUGAGGAUCGAGACCCAGAAGCAGACGCUGGGUGCCAGGGACGAGUCCAUAAAGAAGCUGCUGGAGAUGCUGCAGAGCAAAGGGCUGCCACAGGGGCCCGGCAGGGUGUCCGAAGAGGAGGAGCAGGAGAGAGCCAGGCGCAUUGCUGAGGCAGAGGCCCAGCUCGGACACCUGGAGGUUAUUCUGGAUCAAAAGGACAAGGAGAACAUCCAUCUACGAGAGGAACUGCACAGAAGAAAUCAGCUGCACCAGGAUCCAGGCAAAACCAAGGCCCUGCAGACCAUCAUAGAGAUGAAAGACACCAAAAUUGCCUCUCUGGAGCGCAACAUUCGAGAUCUGGAGGAUGAAAUCCAAAUGCUGAAGGCGAACGGCUUACUGAACACAGAGGACAGAGAGGAGGAGAUCAAACAGAUGGAGGUCUACAAAAACCACUCUAAGUUCAUGAAGACCAAGAUUGACCAGCUGAAGCAGGAGUUGUCAAAGAAGGAGUCAGAGCUGCUGGCCUUGCAGACAAAACUAGAGACUCUCAACAACCAGAACUCAGACUGCAAACAGCAUAUCGAGGUGCUCAAAGAGUCUCUCACUGCCAAGGAGCAACGUGCUGCCAUCUUGCAAACAGAGGUGGAUGCUCUGCGUCUGCGUUUGGAGGAGAAAGAGUCCUUCCUGAACAAGAAAACCAAGCAGCUGCAGGAUUUGACAGAGGAGAAGGGCACUCUCGCUGGAGAAAUCAGGGACAUGAAGGACAUGCUGGAGGUCAAAGAAAGGAAGAUCAAUGUCCUGCAGAAAAAGAUUGAGAAUCUGCAGGAGCAGCUGCGAGACAAAGACAAGCAGCUAGGGAAUCUGAAGGAUCGGGUCAAGUCUCUGCAGACUGACUCCAGUAACACAGACACUGCCCUGGCCACCCUGGAGGAGGCUCUGUCAGAGAAGGAGAGGAUUAUAGAGCGUUUAAAGGACCAAAGGGAGAGGGAAGACAGAGAACGUCUGGAAGAAGUGGAGUCCUAUAAGAAGGACAACAAGGAUCUGAAGGAAAGGGUCAACAGCCUUCAGAUAGAACUAACAGAGAAAGAGUCCACCCUCAUCGAUCUGAAGGAACACGCUUCGUCUUUGGCAUCUUCUGGCCUCAAGAAAGACUCAAAGCUAAAAACACUGGAAAUCGCCAUCGAGCAAAAGAAAGAGGAGUGUAGUAAGUUGGAGACGCAGUUGCAGAAGCAAGCUGAGCAGCUAUUCAGUCACAUGAACAAUCCUAAGGCCCAUGAGGUAGAUCAUCAGACCGGCCCCAGAGGGAACCCGGAGUACGUGGACCGAGUGAAGCUGCUGGAGAAGGAGGUGAAUUACUACAAGGACGAGGCUAACAAGUCUCAGACGGAGGUGGAGAGACUCUUGGACAUCCUGCGAGAGGUGGAGACUGAAAAGAAUGACAAGGACAAGAAAAUCGCUGAACUGGAAAGACAAGGUGGCAAAGACCAGACCAAGAAGGGUCCAAAUGUCAAACUGGGACCACAAGGGGACAAGAAGGGCAUAGGACAAGACCCUCGUAAGGAUGGUUCCAUGGACCACUUAAAGUUGGAGGAGCUGAUGAACACACUGGAAAGGACGAGGCAGGAGCUGGAUUCCACAAAGCAGCGUCUCUCGUCCACACAGCAGUCCCUGCAGGAGCGGGACGGCCACCUCACUAACAUGAGACAGGAGCGCAGGAAACAGCUGGAGGAGAUCCUGGAGAUGAAGCAACAGGCUCUGCUUGCAGCCAUCAGUGAGAAAGAUGCUAAUAUUGCACUGCUGGAGCUGUCGGCCUCCAAUAAAAAGAAGACCCAGGACGAGGUGCUGUCCCUUAAGAGGGAGCGGGACAAACUGAUGCACCAGCUCAAGCAACACACACAAAGCCGGGUGAAGCUGAUCACCGACAACUACGAAGACGAACAAUAUCAUCCCCACGCUCCUCACCACCCCCAGCCUCAGCCUCCACACGCUCAGCCUCCGCCCCAGCCUCAGUACCCCCACCCUCCCCACGCUCCUCACGCCCAGCAGACUCCAUAUCCUCACACCAUGCAUCCGCAACACCCACAGCACUCGCAGGCCCCCCAACAGCACCCACACCCACAGCAGGCACAACCCCAAUACCCUCAUCCACAGCAUCCGCAGCAGCACCCCCAGCAGCACCCUCAGCAGCACCCCCAGCAGCACCCACAACCACCUCCCCAGCACCAACAGCACCCACGACCCCCACAGCCCCAACACCCUCACCCACAGCACCCUCCACAGCACCCACACGGACAUCCCCCUCCGCAGCACCCUCACCCGCAGCACCCACACGGCCCUCCCCAACAAGGACCCCACCCCCAACAUCCACAUCCCCAGCACCCACAGCACCCUCAACACCCUCAGCACCCCCAGCAUCCACAUCACGGCCAACAUCCACGUCACCCAUCGCCCCAUCAUCGUGGAGGGCCGGCCAGAGGACCCCCACAUGCUGGUCACCGCCCUGCCCAAGACCAGCAGGAUGACGACGAGGGCAUUUGGGCAUAAUCCUUGCUGUGACAACCAAAUAUUGUUUUGAUGGGUGAGAUAUGUUUAAGACGUUAUAACUUUAUGAUUCUUAGUUUCUUCUCUGCUUGCAGUGUCUGCUUUGUAUCAUAAGCUCCUUGAUUUUCGUCAUCUCCCACAUUCAGAUGAUUCAGUCACUACUGGAGUAGCACAGCCACGCCACGAUGUUGAAACUACCCAGCCAAACAUUUAUAAUCUUCACUCAGUCCACACUCAGCAAUGGGACUUUAGUUUAUAU